GGUCAAUGCAGGGUAGGAGAAUGUAAGGCACCGGACUCCUCUCUAUCUGCUGUUAUUGUCAUUGGUAUAUAUCCACAUAUUUGGCUGAUGUUGCUUGCAGAAAUGCAAAAUGCAAGGAUUCGCCAAGGAUGUGGCUAUCAGCAGCUUGUAAAAGCUGCGCAGCGGUGCUGUAUAGCCUUAGGAAACCUAGAAUGGCUCUAAAUAGAUUGGAUUUGAGGAUACAACACCAGAUACAACACCUACAACACGAGCUACCACAUUGUCUUGCGAGUUUACUCUAUCACAUAGCCCUUCUGAUAUCUCAUUCCAUAACAGCCAAUACAUACGGUGAUCUGGAUCAAAGAAUCAGUGCGGAGUGCGACAGUGGGCUGAGUAGGGCUUAGCAGCGCCUUUCAGGCCGUUGCAGCUCCUUGGAAGGGA